UGGCCCGGGGGACGUGUGAAUAAGGGCGGCGGGAGUCCCCCCCCGGGCCAGCUCCUGCGGGCGGGCUUUUGUUUGUUGUCGGCGCUGCUGCAGGCGCGUGGAGAAUCCCGGGCUCCCCUAAAGUCCUGCAGGGUCACGCCAGCAGCCAGCCGCCCGGGGCCAUGGCACCGAGGGGAGGAGAUUUCGUGGCGAUUCAUGGCAGAGAGCGGGCUAACUCCAGGCUGGGAUGCCUCUAAAUGGCGUUUCUCCUUCCAAGGGGCACAUUACAAAACAAAAAGAAAGAAAGAAAGAAAGAAAGAAAGAAAGAAAGAAAGAAAGAAAGAAAGAAAGAAAGAAAGAAAGAAAAUCCGUCAGUGUCAUUCCCCCACGUCAGGGCUGGUGGUGGGCGUGGGGCUGUACUUCCUCCGCCCCCCUGCUAAUGGAGUGAACCAUUCCCGGCUCUCCCCUUCUCCCUCUUUCUCCCCUUCGUCUCCAUCUCCCCCUCGUCUGCAAGGUCUCCGCUGCUGGGAACUUGUUGGCGAUGCCUGUUUUUCAGCUUCCCCCCACGUUUUCCAAAGUAACUAUUUAAAGAUCUGCAGUCGCAAAUGGUUUUACUAAAUGUAGGAUGGGACUUAAGUUGAACGGCAGAUACAUUUCUCUGAUCUUUGCUGUCCAGAUAGCGUACCUGGUGCAGGCGGUGAGAGCAGCGGGGAAGUGCGAUGCGGUCUUUAGGGGCUUCUCGGACUGUUUGCUCAGGCUGGGCGAUAACAUGGCCAACUACCCGCAGGACCUGGACGACAAGAGAAAUCUCCAAACGAUCUGCUCGUACUGGGAUGAUUUCCACUCCUGCACCCUCACAGCCCUCACGGAUUGCCAGGAAGGCGCGACAGAUCUUUGGGAAAAACUGAAAAGGGAAUCCAAAAACCUCGAUUUUCAAGGCAGCUUAUUUGAACUAUGCGGAGGAAGCAACGGGUCAGCUCCUUCCCUACUCCUCCUCCCUGCCUUCCCCCUGCUCCUGCUGGCUCUCUCUGCAGCGCUAGUGACCUGGCUCUCCUUCUAGGAGGGCUCUCCUGGUAGACCACACAUACCCCCCCCCCCCCCACACACACACACAUACCCUCCAUAUACUGGAUUUAUAGAGGAAGUGUCCAUCCGUUUUUUGGGGACCGUUGUGAUGAUCUGUGAUGAUGAAACAUCCAUAUAGGAUUGUGGAAACGUUCUCUCUUUAUUUUGUGUUUUAUUUGCCAAAUGUUACCAAACAAUGAGCAACAAACAGCCAAAAUCGGACCUCAGCUUUAGUGUCUCUUCAAAUAAAAAUAGAAAACCCGAGCCCUUUGUGCAAAAGAAUCUCAGGAACGGCUUUGGGCCACCUAAUAUUAAUAAUCUUAAUAAAUAAUAAUAAUAAUAGCCACAACAACAACAACAAAAGACGGGCUCCUCUUAUAAUAUGAAAGAAAACGAUGAGUUGAGAAAAAAGCACUGGAAAUGAAUCCAAGAUUGAUAUCCACGUGUGAAGCAUAUGGUGAAUAACUCACAAUCUAUCAUCUUUCUUCCACAGUCGCUUGUUUUUUGGUCAUUCCACUGCAAAAAAUAAAUUUCCUCGAGGGGAAAAACGAAAGAAAUGGACAGCUAAAGAAAAAGAAGAAGGAAGGAAAGAGAUUGUUUCUCAUGACUGAAGGAUUUAAUGCUGCUAAGAUUGCUGAGAGUUUAGCUUUACUUGGUGUUGUCAAAGCAUCUUUCCGAGUUCACUGCCUUUAAUUUCCCUCCUCCUCUCUUGUUUUAGAUGUUACACAUACAGUAAAAUACCUGAAUAUCCAACAGUAUAGAUCACAAAAAGGGGGCUUAAAUGUAAACCUAAAAAUACAGCAUAUUGAUUUUGACAAAAAAAAGAACCUUGAUUUUAAAAGAAAAAAUGUAAUUUAAAAAGAGUUUAUUAUAAAGCUAAUUCAGCAAAAAAAAAUUUGCUACAAGUAUAGAAAGAAGUAUAAAAUAAAAAGUAUUGUUUGAAAUGAGGGUGUCGUUUUAUUUGUAAACUAUGCAUGGUAUAUAUCUAUUUAACUGGACAGGCUUUUAAAAUAAUGGCGGCUAAAUGCAGAGCUGCUAAAUUAAUUAACAUCGUCAUAUUGGUGCAAAGAAAUAUAGAAUUUCUAAACUAAUUAACAGAGCCCUUGAAAAAUAAUGCUAUAAAACUCUCCCUAAAAAAGUACACAAUACUCCUUUUCUAAAAAGGAGGGGGGACUCCUCUUCUGUGACUGCUUACAGAGGGAACCAGCCCACGCCAGCCAAAGUGAGUGUCAGAUGUCAGUGGGAACUCGGGGUACCAGAGCAAUGCAGGACGGGCUCACAGGUCUAGCACGUCUGCAUUUGGAGCAAGUUGUUAAAAAUCCGCCCCGGUUAUUCUUCCCUUUAUCCACACGCGCCGGUUUUGCUGGCACAGCAAUUGCUGGCGGCCUUAUAGGCAGACUAUUUACAGCUAUAGUCUUUCCAAACCUAUUUAGUGAUUUAAAGAAAAAGAAAAAGACACCUAUUUUGCUGAAAAGGAGACUGUUUAUAGCUAUGGAGGGGAGAGAAAGCAACCACCAUUAAGAUGCUGCAAAGGAGGGACAGAAAGCUGCUGCCUGAGAUCAGAUGAGUCCUUUCAUAAUUAAUAAGACAGCUCAGCUGAAAUAGCCAGGAGACUGGGCCCUAUUGAUUUAGCAGCAGAAGCUGCUAUAACCUUGUCUAUUUAUAGGAUUUUGAUGCCUUUAUGGAGAAGUAAACAUCAAGGAGUAAACACACCCUUUCUACCUAUAAGAUGAGAAUCCUGCUGGGAGGAAGGGAAGGAGAGUUUAAUUUUGAUCCUGCAAUUCCAGUCAUAUAUAUUAUUUAUUCUGGUGCGGGAGGGAGAUGUAAUAAUCCCCCUUCUCCAACAUAUCAUUAUUCUCUUCCUCCCCCCACCCCCAAAGGUCUGUAAAGUCUGAAAUGUAAUGUGUAAGCAAUAGCAAACGUACCCGUUCAUAAAUCAAACAGUGGGUUGCAAUCCAAUCUGCAUUUCCCAAAUGUAUUGAAUCCCAGCAACAAAUGGGCCCCGGAACUGAAGCCAGCAGCCUUUAGCACUGCAAGCGAUGUUGAUUUUUAAUGAUAAAAUACACUGGGGGGAGGGAGAAAUCACCAAUCUAUGCAAAGCUCAGCCUCAUUUCGUGGACAUUUUUCCACCCUUCCCUUCCCUUCCCUUCUUUCCCACAUUGGCACUUCCAGGGAACCGUGGGCUUUCUGCGAAUGGCUUUUCCCAGAUGAUCAAAAUUUAGAUCGCUAUAAAAAAUAAUAAUGACAUCACACGUUGCUAUUUAUUUUAGCACCAACUGACAGCUGCAAGAAAGGGGGAAAGGGAAUGGGAGAGUUCAGGCAGACCCUGCACUGCUUUAGCACCCGCUAGAGUUCCCACUGAAGCGAACAGCAAAACUCCUAUUGAUUGCAGUGGGAGGAGAAUCGGGUCCUUCUUCGGGCCAAAGUCCCACUGAAAUUUUUUUUUUGUUUGGAUGGUUUUUGUUUGUUUGUUUGUUUUACUGCUAGUAGUUAGAUCCAUUUCCGUAAGGAGCUAAAUCCUGCUGACUUUACACGUGGUCAAAUCACGUUACCUGUAGCAAUCCCACUGACUUUCUCUCCCAAGCAGGAUGUGGCCAUGUGAGUCUAGUUUAAAGUCCCCAAUCCGGAAGUCCUUACACAAUAAAACUCCACUGAAGUAAAUAGAUCUGAUUCCAUUUUGAGAGAGAGAGAGAGAAAGAGGUUUUGCCUGUAUAAGGACUGCAGGAUCAAACUCCAAAAAUGUGCCAUUCUAUUACAGAAAUACAAAUUGAAUCUAGAUUAAAAUGGCUUCUUAGUUCUUUCUAUUUUGUUUUAAAUUUUGUUUUAAACAAUAGUGGCUUUGGCUUAACUAUAUAAAGCAAUCUCAAACUCUUUGGUAAGGGGAUCGGUUUCCAUCUCAGUAGUGGGUUCAAGAGAUUUUCAAAUUAGAAUGAAUGAAUAAUAAAUAACCUCUCUAUAUUUAGCAAAUACACAAAGUAGUUCUACAUGGCGACGAGAUGGCAGACAGAGGGCUGAUGAAAUAAUAAGCAUGUUUUUUUUAAAAUUAGUGGCUGAGCCAGUGAGAGACUAGGAUACUAGGUUAUUUUAUUUGAAUUUUUUUUCUCCUGGGGUAUUGCAAAUUGUUUCGAUUUUAAUAUCAAUCUUCUUAGAGUUUUAGAAGGGAAAGGUUUGUUCAAUAGAAGCAAAAUCUCACGGGAAAUCUCCCUUCCUGGUGUUAUUCCAAAUGCACCAGCAUGCAGAUGUGCCUUUCUAAUUGACAAACGCCUGCUUUCGGAAAUCACUGUCUAAUGACAGGAUAAUUCCAGGCAAUAAGAUGAACAAGGAUGUAUAUGUGAUACAUAAAUCUACAUUGCAUUGCCUAUAUUUAUUUUAUAUACAAAGCAACCGGGCUAUAAAUAAUGACUUACCCAGCUUGCUUUUCCAUAAAUGUAUAAGCCACCCACACAACCUUCUGACGGAAAGAAGAAACAACAACCCAAAUCAGAGAGAGGAGACUGCAAAAUAAGCUAAUAAAGACCCACCAAAGGCAUCCACCAAAGCGGCAUGGAAGAAGGAAUGGAUUUGAACGACUAUGUAACUAUUCUUUCAAAAUAGGAUCUUCCCCCUGCUGAAACCAUUGGGAGUUUUGACACUGACUUCAGUGGGAGCAAGGUCAGCCUGUAACUUCUCAGCCUAGAAGGUUUCAUUUGUUUUCCACUUACAAUUAAAGAAAAGGCCGGGCGCAAAAUGACGAACUCCCCCUCUGAUUUUCCAGGGAGCUGGGAAUUGCUGUACUAGAAAUAGCUGAUAUCAGUCAAGGUGUGCAAAUGAGGAGACAAGGAGUUUGUAAAUGAACUAGCACCAGGCUUUUUUAUAGAGAGAAAUAGUUACGCUUCCAUCUCUGUAACUGUCCUGAAGAUUAGAGGAGUAGCAGCAAAACUGGAUUUCAAUCUCUCAAUAUUCUUACCUUGGCUAUUUAUUAUUUGUAUUGUAGUAGCGCCUGCGUUUGCACCAGUCUUUUGCUCCACAAAUAUUUGUUUGUUUCUUACAAAACAAACUAAAAAUUAGGAGGUGGGAACUGAAUUUAUUGGAUACUUUAAAAUAUAUAAAUAUUUUACAUAAUGUGUUAACAAAUCAUCUCUGGCCUCAUUUAAUUACUGAUUGCUGAUCAAAACCCUGCUAUAUGGAUCUUCAAACAGCACAACAUAGUCUCAAAUUAUGGUGGCGGGGCUAAAGCCUUCUCAAUGUUUAAGGUAAUGAAAAUUUUAAGGGUCUUGAACCUCCUGGAUGUUAGUCUUCUAUUUUCUGUUUGCUUUUUAAUCCAGAAAUGACUAUACUGCAAUGUGUUUCCAGAGUUUUUCUCCUCAGCUGUGUCCAAACAGAGCAGGAAAAUAACUGACCCAAACCCGGUGAAAAGGACUAAGCAAACCAGGUUUGUUUAACCUCGUCUCUCUGUGCCCAUCAGCUCCGGAAAGCUUUGUGGUUAGGAUAAUAGAAGUGAUAAAAAGAGAAGAGAGGAGAGGCCAAGAAGAAACCAGCCAUGCUCUCUGCUGCACUGGUCCCACUCCCCAAUAAGCAGAUUUCUUUCAAAGCUGCCGGUGUCCAAUUCUCCAGAAAUCUCACACUAGUUUCCAGCCCCCUGGCAAACAGGAGCUGGAAAAUUUCAAGUCCAAACAAAGGAGUUCAAAUGCUCAUUCAAACCGAAAGGGACAGAAAUAACCCAGCAAGUGCCCUUCUUUGCUAAACUGUGAGGUAAAUGGAGUUAGCAGAAGCUGGGGCCACUAUUUUCAUUUACAGAGCAGAUCUGCAGGCCCUAAUCCUUGUCCUAGUUCAGUCUGUAAGCAACAUCAGACCUGCAGGCUGCUGUCCCGUAAGACUCACUGAAGCUUGUCUCCUUCCUUAUGAAUUCUGGAUAAACUCGUGUUUAGUAACAGGCUGCUCCACUGAAUAAUCUUCGCCAACUUCCGCUUUUUAACCAGGCACCUGAGCACUGGAGGUGGAGGCUGUACAUUGCUUCCUAUUCAGAUUUUCCUUGGAUCGCCUUUGAAAGAUGGAAGAUUGAGCCAGAGUUAAAAAAUGCAUCGGUUACCUUUCCAUCUGCUCCACUUCAAAUCCCGUGCAAUGAAAGGAGCAUAAUUUUUUACUGGUUGGCAACAAAGCCUUGUUGCAUGAUGCAAAGACAGAGAGAAAGAUGGAUGUGCAACAUUCCAAAGCCAGCCUGCUAGCACGUGGGGAAUGAAUUGGGAAAUGUGGUAUAUGUCUAUUACUCAGAAUAAGAACAUAAAAACAGCCAUGCUGGGUCAGACCAAUGGUCCAUCUAGACCAGUAUCCUGUCUUCCGACAGUGGCCAGUGCCAGGUGCCCCAGAGGAAAUGAACAGAACAGGUAACAGAACAUCAACAACAUUUGAAUGCAAGGCUGCCUGAGUGCAGGGUACAUUGACCUGUAUGUUCAUAGUAUUAUUAAUAAUUAAGGUUGGGAUUCUGCCCCUCUUACUUACCUUAAUUCCCACCUAGCCCUGUUUAAAUCAAUGAGCUGUUCUCAUGCUCUGAGCGCAGCCAUAGUGAAAGCAGUGGAGCUACAAGCAGAGGAAGAAGCCUGAGUAGGAGUGGCAAAAUCAGGCCUGUAUUUAUUGAUUAAUUUAUAAUAUUAUUUGUAUGCCAGUGGGGCCUAGAGGUCCCUGCUGAAGGGAACUGAACAUUUAAAAGGGCUUGAUUCACUACCGUGUUACUCCAGUCUUAUGCUAAUAUAAAGUCACUAGUUUUAAUGGAGCUACAAAGGUGUAAAGCUGGAGUAACAUAGUGAUGAGUCCAGCCAAGCUUUUCAAAUAUGCAACCUCUUUUUGCCUCUGGCUCUUCCUGUUCUCUCCUGUUAGCUGCUUCUCUCCUGCUUUAGCUGCUCUUCCUAUUUGCAGGCCAUGCUUAUUUUGUGCCGGGCCUUGCCAGGGCUGAGCCCCGUCACAUCUGGGCUUGGCAGUUCAUAGCUCCAGCAUCUCUGGACUUGCCACGUCAGUUAUGAAGGUCAAAAACUUGCUUGAGCCCCAGCACCUAAUUACUUGAGAGCCCCAGCACCUCUUUCAUUACAAAUUAAGUGCAGCUUGCAGGAGGCUGGGGAGAGGCCUGUGUAGGUAAUAGCCUGGUGCAGGGUGAAAACACAUUUUGACAGGGAUGAGGAGUAAUUAGUCUUGGGUAACCCAGCCUAUUUACACUACAUGAAUCCAGAGGAAUUUGAGGUGAGGAAGUGGGCUAUGUUUGGCCAUCAGGGUCUGGUAACUGGGUGUGCCAUAAUCACCUCAGCUGAAGCCAGGGGCCAGCUGAGUGACGGUCACACCAGGCCCUUGGAGUGGUUUUCCAGCAAGCAGUGCUGUAUUAUCGUGGGUCAGGUGUCCUUCUCCUGAUCAGCUGGAGCCUUUGGCUUAAUAGGAAGUAAGCCUCUGAUGACAGAGUGUGAUUGACAUGUGUCUGCGCUGGAAAAAAAAAAUAAAAAAAGGAGGCAACCAAGGGAAACAAACCAGCAGUCAUUAUGGGUGCAAUUCCCUCCUGUGCAGAGGGCCUACACAGGACCAAUGCUCCCACUGAAAUCCCACUUAAGCCCUGGGACUUCAGUGGUGCAUGUGCCUUGUGCUGCACCUCUGUACAGGGAUGAAUUCCACCCUGUGGGGAUACAGCCCUACACCUGAAAAUAGAGCACUUCAGUCCUGUCUUGUAAACCAUGUGUAAGACAUCAGAUUUUGUAACUGUGAUAUUACAACAUGAUUGAAUAAUAACCUGUAAAUCAUGAUAUGCACAGUGUUAUCUGACCCAAUAAAAUUACAAGACGGCA